UUUUCAUUUGGUAUUAUGGUGCUCAUUCGUUGAAGAAUAGGACUAUUGUGAAUUUCGAUCGCUCGACGCAUUUACAAUAGAUAAUUUUUCUCAGCUGAUACAGCAAAUCAAAAUAAAAGAAAAACCGAUUGUGUUGAAAUUCUUUGCUAACAUUAUUUUUAAAAGGUAAAAAAAGUAUUUUUUGUGAAAAUGAGUACAACGGAGUUGUGGUUCGACGAUUCAUCGGACGAUGAAAGAUUAGUGGAACUAGCUAGAAGUAGGAAACAGUUGAGGGACGCAUCCUACCACCUAGAAAUGGCUUCCACUGAAUUUUUAAAGAACUUUAGAUUAUCUAAAGAGCCGUUUGUGAACCUACUGUCCAGUACAGAAAACCAGUUGCAGCAGUGCACCCGAGCCAAAUUGAUUCCAAAUAUUUUAAGGCUAGCCACAGUUCUGCGAGUUUGUGCUCAGGGAUCGUACCAAUUGAGUGUUGGUAAUGAAGGUAUGCUAGGACUUGCUCAACCCAAUGUGUACGAUGAUGCCGAAGAUAUUGAAGUGGAGUCAAAUAACGGAGAAUUAGAAAACAUAAGAAAUGAAAUUUUGAGAUUAUAGAAAAAUCUAAAAAGUAUUAAAUAGAAACCUUUACACCACACUUUCUGUUUUAUUUUUGUUAUAAAUUUUCUUUAUUCAAUUAUUCGUCAUUCGAAAAAAAUAUGAAAAUGUAUUUCUAUAAACAUCACAAAAAAAAACCAUUAUUAAGCUUAAUCCAUUUUGCUGCCGUUCUCACUGGUGGUCCCAAGCAAUUCAGCUCCGUUGUAAAUUCCUCCCAUUUUUUUGCUGCUUGAAGUUUGGUGCAAAUCCCUUUUGCGAAUUGUGGAUUCGCCUUUCUAAUUGUUGUUUGGUACUCACGACUUUCGCCCUGCAUAAUAUUAACAAAAUUAGUAUAUAUUUAUUAUUUGGUUACUAUAAAACCAUAAAUAAUCGCAAACAACUUACACUUUAACAAGUUUUCCCACUAUACGCUACACGAUCGAAAGCAAAAUUGCAUUCGACUCUAAAUUCGGUAAACAACGAAAAUUUCGAUAGGGUUGCACCGCUCAUAAUACCAAAUUGGCAUUCGAUUUUCGAUCUUCGACAACCAGCGAAUAUCGAAGAUCG